AUGGAGGGGAAAAGAAGGCGAACAAGGCAAAUUGAUGAGAACAAGGAUCCGAAGAAGGUUUGGGACGAGGCAAGCAAAGAUCCAAGGCAUCAAAAGGGAAGAGAUUGUCCCUUGAAUGGAUUGAUUCUCCCUAGCUAUAUUCACCGCCACUGGACACCGCUAUGUUAUGAUGUUUUUGGUGAUGGUGAUGGUGAUGGUGAUGGUGAUGGUGAUGGUGAUGGUGAUGGUGAUGGUAAUGGUGAUGGUGAUGCUGAUGUCGCUGGUCCUACUUGUUGA